AUCAACUCUAUGGAUUUAUUCGAAAAAAUGGAGAUUUUGUACUUAAGUGUUAUCGCCAAAAACAAUACAAGCCGGACCAUAAAGGAUUAAGCUUCGGUAAGGUAUCAGAUAAAGUUGAAUCAGAAGUAAAGCCUAAGUGGGGAUUAAUUGAAAGAUUGCCAAAUGCUGUAAAACAUCCACGCCCACUUGUAGAAUUAUCUGGAAAAAAUAUCAAUGCCAGGGAAAUGGAAAAUGCUCCAGAAGCUUAUCCCGAUUUCUUGAAUGAGGAACCCACUACAUCUCUUAUCCGAUCACCUGUAAUGACAGGAAAAACAAAAGCUUUAAGAAUUAUUCUCAAUUCUUUAGCCAAAGAAGGGAGCAGACUGCCGUGUUUUGUUUGGGUUUCAUAUCGUAAGACUCUCAGUAGUGAGACUAAAGCUAAAGUUAAUAUAUUACAAAAUGCAGGAUUGCGUGUAUGUAAUUAUCAAGAAGUUGAAGGAGAUUUAGCUAUAUGUAAUUGGGAUGUUAUUAUUGUUCAGGCUGAGAGUAUACACCGUCUUUCCCUUUUUGGAGGUCGUUCUUAUGUAGUUAUUUUAGAUGAAGUAAAUGCUAUUAUGCGUCAAAUGAAUAGUGGAGUUCAUGCCCGAGAAUCUGAAAAUGCCAUGCGGGAUUUGUUAAAGUCAGCUGUACAUGUUCUAGCUAUGGAUGCUUUUGCAAAUGAAUCUACUUUAAACUUCUUAAGACAAUAUCGAGGUGAAGAUAUACGAGUUUUUGAUAAUAAGUAUCAGCCACAUAAAGGUAAGUCUGUAAAAAUUCUUUAUGACCCGGAUAAAGGAUCAGAAGCUAUACGUAAAGGUCUUAAGUUGCUUCAAGAAGGUAAGCGUGUUGCUUUUUCAGUUACCUCAUGUAAAAAAGCUAGAGCUAUAGCUGUUCAAGCUUCUAAGUUAUUAAAACCAGAUGGUUCACACGUUUUAUCACGGGUUUAUUUUGGUCAAAUGGAUGGGAAACAGCGUCAAGAAGACUUUGCUGAUAUUAAUGCUACUUGGAGUGGUCUUGAUUGUGUGGUUUAUACAAGUACUGUGGAAGCUGGUAUUUCCUUUGAAAUUUCUAAUCAUUUUGAUUCAGUUAUAGGAAUAAGCAAUAUUAAUACAGGAGUACAUGCUGAAGCUUUUGCACAAAUGUUUUAUCGAGUACGUGAUUGCUCACAUCAUACUAUUUCUCUUUAUAAUAGUAAAAAAACUGGCAUCUUCAAAGAACCGAAUCGUGAUCUUAUUCGUGCUGAACUCUCUGCUUUGAGACCUGGAGAUUUACCAACUGCUAUAAAAGGACAUCGUGAAUGGGACAAAAUUGCUGAUUGUUAUAUUAUUGACUCGUCACCAGCAGUUGAAACUUAUAUUGAGGUUGAAUAUCAGAAACGCUUAUCUGCCAAAUAUUUUCCUGAGAUUCUUUGCAGUCUCAUUGCUAGUACUGGUGCAACACUCGAGUUAAUUUCAGCAGAAGAUACUGAAAAAGUUAAGAGGAAUGUAAUUUCUCAUACUAUUAAGAAUACUGAGAAAAAAAUUAAAGGUGAUGAUGCAGAAUCAAUAGCAAAUGCACCUGAUAUUACUCCCGAUGAAGCUGAAAUUCUUAAGCAAAAUCCUAUACGCUCUUUCACUGAUAAUAUUACUCUACAACGUCAUUAUUUGUGGAAAAUAUAUGCUUCAGGCGAUAUCGGCGGUAAAAAUGAUAUUCGAGACUGGGGCAUGAACAAUGAUGAUUGGAUUAAACUUUGUGAUAAAGAUUUUGUGGAAAUAUACAAUAAUCCUGAACCUUUACAAUAUUUCAGAAAGUUAGUAUAUUUUAGAAGACAAGGUUCUAAUGCGACAAAUUCUAUAGAAAAUCUGGAAGUCAAAGAAGAAAUGCAAUGGGAAGAUUCAUACGAUUCUAUGGAUCCAUCUUCAGUCGAUUUACAUAAAUUUUAUUCAGUAAAACAAUGGAAGGCGGUACAUAAUCUUGUUCAAUCGAUAGGCUUUAGAGAUAUAGAUGAUAUGAAUAUUCUUUCUGGCGAUGACGUGACAAAAGUUUUCAAACAAUCACAGGAAAAAAUU